GAUGAAAUUGGGCGAAUUUCAUGCGCCCACAAAAUCGAAAAUUUCAGUUCAUUCUCGUUCUGUUUUGCAUCGUGUUAAGUCCUCUGAUUUCAUUCUUGUUAUCUUCGCGUGUUUGUGCUUGUCUCGUCGUCAGAUGUGUGAUAUCUACUUGGAUUAAAUCGUUCAAAUAACUUAUUAAGCGUGUACCCACUGGUGCAUUGAAACAAAAAAAAUACAAAUCACUUAUUCAAUAUCCAUAUGAGCACAAUAACGACAAAAAAAACGUAUAUAUUUGUGUGAGUGUCUUGGCAGCAGUUACUUUAUAGAAUUUCCAUUACCCAGCGAAAAGCAACAGUAAAAAAUACAUAUAAGAAGUAAGCAAAAAAUAAAAAUAAAAAUAAAAUGUAAAAUUGUGUGAGCUACUGAACUGACCUUAAUCAAAAGCAAAUAAAAUCAACAGAUACAAUAAAAACAAAUACAAAACGCGAGAAGAUGCCACAAGUACCAUUUCAAUGAAUGGAAAAUAAUAAAAGCUAAUUUAAUUACAAUAAAACAGGAAAAUAAAAUCAAAAAGACAAAGUAAAUAGAAUUUAAGGAUAAACAAUAAAAAUUUGUUAAAAACUUGUGUACAAUAAAUACAAAUAGAAUAGAAUAAAAAAAAUAUUGUAACAAGUGUUGAGUGUUGCUGUGCAUUUUUGUGUAUAAUCUUGCUCUAUUACUUGUGUAUUGUUGCUUGUGUAUAUAUCUAACCGUUAAAACGCGCGCAAUAUCGGCGCUGCUCGAACGCGUCGUCCGUCAGCACGUUACGGAAUUUUAUUUGAUUUGCAAUUGAAUUGCAAUUGAAUACAAAGAAAUCGUAAAGAUAUUGAGAAAUAGCAAUAACAAUAACAACAACAACAACUGCAGAAGUGUAUACACACAAGCAGUUGAAAUAAAAAUCAACAACAACAAAAUUCUCUUCAAAAGCCAACGAAUUAAAUAAGAAAUUCUGUUAAAUUACUUUCAAUUUUGAUUACAUCAACGAAGCGCGCUGCACACACACACACACACUCAUAUCACAGCAACAGCGUAUCCAGCCCAAACCACCCACUCGCGCAGCCUAGCAGCAGGCGUACGUGUGUUCCAUUGGCGCGCCUACAAGCGAGCACACAGCCCACGAGGCAGAGGCAAGCAGACGGACAGACAGACAAGUGCUACAAGCCCAUACAUACAUAUGUACAUCAACACGCUCACUUAUAUAUGUAUUUAUGCGAGUAUAUGAGCACCUUGAACCUCAGCCGCAAUUGGUUGCUCUUGUUGUUGUAGUUUUGGCGUCGUCUAAUCAUCGUCGCACUUUGUUGUAGCUUCUAAUUGUUGCAGACAACGCCGGCGUGUUGCUGUUGUUGUUGCACAACUACUGAGUGCGCCGCAACAAACACUCCACUCGAAGGCACUUGAGUGCUUUGGAACUCUUAAUUGAAUUUUCAAAUGAUAUGGUAUCAACAGAAAUCCCUGGAAACGCACGCAAAUUCAGCAGUGACCAUCGUCAGCUAUCGAGCAAUUUAACCACCAAUUAGAUCUGUUGAUCUGGUGUUCUUUCUCUCCAAUCAUCAAAAUCUCCUAAAUUGGAAAUCAUUUAUAUUUGAUUGAUGCUAAGUGAAUUUACAUAUAUUUCGUGGAAUACAAAUAUUACGACAAAUCCGCUACUGACGUAACAAAUUUCCAGGACAAGCCUUCAAUUUGCAGAUUCCCAUUUUCCAUCGUGGUUUUCAUUAGGCAAAACGUCAGCGUGUUGUAAAUCAAACGUCAAAACCAAUGUUGGGUAAAUUCACUUCGAAUCAUGUGCAGGUGUAUCAUCAGUACUCGCGUACCGUCUCACUGAAGAAGCCAAAGAAGCAUACACCUCGCAGCUGGAUUGAGACAAAUUUUCAGAAGAGAGAAUGCAUCAAAUUCAUACCAUGCCCCAAAGAUGAGACCAAAUGUUGUUGCGGUCAGUCACGUCAAACCCAUCAAACGAUACCGGGCAUCGAAAGUGGUUCACCCGGUGACAGUUGGCUGCCACAGAAGCACACCAGAGCACAACCCACCGAUGCAUAUGGUACAAUUGAAUUUCAAGGCGGUGCACAUCCGACCAAAGCACAGUAUGUGCGCCUGUCCUUCGAUACACGCCCGGAAUUGUUGGUGCAGCUGUUUACCAAAGAAUGGAAUUUGGAAUUGCCGAAACUUUUGAUUACAGUACAAGGUGGCAAAGCGAAUUUCGAACUGCAACCAAAGUUGAAAAAGGAAAUUCGUAAAGGUCUUCUGAAAGCGGCGAAAACGACGGGAGCAUGGAUAUUCACCGGCGGUACAAAUACAGGUGUUACGAAGCAGGUGGGCGAUGCGUUGUUGCUUGAGGGUCAGCAGCGGAGUGGGCGUGUCGUCAGCAUCGGUAUUGCACCCUGGGGUAUAGUGGAGCGUAAUCAUGAACUUUUGGGGCAUAAUCGAGAGGUGCCCUGUCACAGCAUAAGCUCACCGAGGUCCAAAUUAGCUGUGCUGAAUAAUCGUCAUGCUUACUUCCUGCUGGUCGAUAACGGUACACAGGCAAAAUAUGGCGCCGAGUUGAUAUUGCGACGAAAAUUGGAGAAAUUCAUAUCGAACUUGAAGCUGCAUCCAUUUACACAUUCCAGCACACCGGUCGUCUGCCUGGUUAUCGAGGGUGGCACAAAUACGGUACGUGCCGUGCUUGAGUACGUGACGGACACGCCGCCAGUGCCGGUGGUGGUGUGCGAUGGCUCGGGUCGUGCGGCCGAUCUGAUAGCGUUCGUGCACAAAUACGCCUCCGAUGGCGAGGAGCAGCCGGUGCUGGAGUCCAUGCGUGACUACUUAAUUACAACCAUACAAAAAACUUUCGAAGUCGGCUUCGACCAAGCCGAAAAACUUUAUCAGGAACUUUUGCAAUGCACACGAAAUAAAAAUUUGAUAACCGUUUUUCGCAUACAAGAGAAGCCCGAAGGCGAGGCACAGGAAUUGGAUCAGACAAUAUUAACGGCGCUCUUCAAAUCGCAACACUUGAGCCCACCGGAACAGCUGAGUUUGGCAUUGACAUGGAAUCGCGUUGACAUCGCUCGCAGCGAAAUUUUCGUCUACGGCCAGGAGUGGCCGCAUGGCGCUCUGGAUGAGGCGAUGAUGCAGGCACUUGAACACGACAGAAUCGAUUUUGUGAAAUUGCUUUUGGAGAAUGGCGUUUCAAUGAAGAAAUUUUUGACAAUACCACGCCUUGAGGAAUUGUAUAAUACAAAACAUGGUCCAGCCAAUACUUUAGGUUAUAUUUUACGCGACGUACGUCCACACAUACCAAAGGGAUACGUCUACACACUACACGAUAUCGGUUUAGUUAUUAACAAAUUAAUGGGUGGCGCGUAUCGCUCAUAUUAUACACGCCGAAAAUUUCGUCCGAUCUACGCCAAAGUAAUGAACAGUUACGCCAAUGCACACCGCAAAUCCUCAACAUAUCAACGCUAUGCUGGCGCGAAUUCCUUGAGUUUGGUCACCGGAUUGCUGCCAUUCACAACGGAAAUGGCACUUUUCGAAUUUCCUUUCAACGAAUUGUUGAUUUGGGCUGUGCUUACGAAACGUCAACAAAUGGCGUUGCUUAUGUGGACGCACGGCGAGGAGGCGUUGGCGAAAUCCCUAGUUGCCUGUAAACUGUACAAGGCCAUGGCACACGAGGCCGCCGAGGAUGAUUUAGACACGGAAAUCUAUGAUGAAUUGCGUGCAUAUGCGAAGGAAUUCGAAAGCAAAGGUAUUAAACUAUUGGACUUCAGCUAUCGCACUGAUGCGGAGAAGGCUCAACGACUACUCACAUGUGAGUUGCACUCUUGGUCGAACCAAAGUUGCCUUUCGCUGGCGGUGGCCGCCAAUCAUCGUGCACUCUUGGCGCAUCCGAGCAGUCAAGUCAUACUGGCCGAUUUGUGGAUGGGCGGCUUGCGAACGCGCAAAAAUACAAAUAUUAAGGUCAUCUUAGGUCUUUUGAUACCCUUUUAUAUCAGACAUUUGGAUUUCAAAUCCAAAGAAGAGCUACAACAAAUGCCACAAACCGAAGAGGAGCAUCUGGAGAAUCAAAAUUUGGACAACGACGAUUCGGAUCGUUCGCAACCCGACGCCGAGAACGCGCUAACCAAAGCGAAACGAUCCAUUUCGUUCAAAUGUAGGAUGAGCAGUAACAAUAAUCCAGACAAGUGCAAACUUAUAACAAUCGAAAAGACUUCACCGUCGUACAAUAGUUUAACAUCUCAUUCGACACAUGCACUUUUGGCGGACACAUACUCCCUACGUGAUACCAAAGUACAAGAGAAUGGAAAAGUUUCACUCACCGAUUCCGAUCCAUCACAGUUCCGUGAUAUUUUUAAUUUGGGCGACUACGAGUUAAAGCAGCAUCAGCCGCUGCGUUUGAAGAAGAAAUUCUAUGAAUUUUAUACCGCACCAAUUACGAAGUUCUGGGCAGAUUCGAUUGCCUACAUGUUUUUUCUAUUCAUGUUCACCUACACCGUGCUGGUGAAGAUGGGCCCCACGCCGCGCUGGCAGGAGGUCUACUCCAUCGCAUACAUAGCCACUUUGGGUUUUGAGAAAAUACGAGAAAUUAUCUCUUCGGAGCCGGUGGCCAUAACCCAUAAAUUUGCGGUCUGGGCCUGGAAUAUGUGGAAUCCCUGCGAUGCAGCUGCUAUUAUCUUGUUCCUGAUCGGUUUAUCGCUGCGCUUUCGACCCAACACAAUGGAUAUCGGCCGCGUGAUUUACUGUGUGGAUAGUAUUUAUUGGUAUUUGCGAAUACUCAAUAUUUUGGGUGUCAACAAGUAUUUGGGUCCGCUGGUCACUAUGAUGGGCAAAAUGGUUAAAAACAUGAUUUAUUUUGUGGUGCUCUUGGCUGUGGUGCUAAUGAGUUUCGGCGUCAGUCGUCAGGCCAUACGGCAUCCGGGCAAUGAGCCAACAUGGGGUUUAAUUAAAGAGGUUUAUUAUCAGCCGUACUUCAUGUUGUAUGGUGAAGUGUUCGCCGAUGAUAUUGAUCCACCAUGCGGUGAGGAGCCCCAUCAGAAGCCUUGUCCCACUGGCCACUGGGUGACACCAAUCAUAAUGGCCAUGUACCUGUUGAUUGCCAACAUUCUGCUAAUUAAUCUGCUGAUUGCCGUCUUCAAUAACAUUUUCAACGAAGUGAACUCGGUUUCGCAUCAGGUUUGGAUGUUCCAACGCUUCACCGUCGUCAUGGAGUACCAACAGAAACCCGUGCUGCCGCCACCCUUCAUCGCGCUCUGCCAUUUCUACUCGCUGCUCAAGUAUUGUAUACGCAAAGCGAAAGGAUUGGAGGUACAACGUGACAAUGGCCUGAAAUUGUUCCUGGAAAAGGACGAUAUGGAGCGUUUGUAUGACUUCGAAGAGGAGUGUGUGGAGGGUUUCUUCCAUGAACAGGAAAUCAUAUUGAAUCAAUCGACUGAUGAACGUGUUAAGAACACAACCGAGCGUGUUGAAAUAUUGGCGCAAAAAAUCGAGGACAUUAACCAGAAGGAGAAUGUGCAGACAGCAACGGUACAGAGCAUCGAAUUUCGUCUACGCAAAAUGGAAGAAUCCUCCGAACAAAUACUCUCUCACUUGGCUGUCAUACAUCGUUUCAUGUCGAUGCAUAUGCUCGAUGGUGUUGACUUACAAGCGUCCAAUAUGAAUAUAGCCACUGAUUUGCAGCGAGUACGAACGGUCUCGAUGUCGGAUAAUGAAGCGCCGAUGCCACCACCAAAUUUACAGGUCAAUAACCGCCGUCGCUUCAAUCGUUCGCUCACUGAGGUGCGUCCGGAUGCAUACAUUUUCGACGAAGGCACACACUUCGAAGUGGUGCCAGUACCUGAAGAGCCCGACGAGCUGGACAAGUCACGCGAGGCGCUCAACGAGCAUGUCGGCCGCAAGAUAUCCAUGCAAUCCGAAUCCGAUUCGGACAUUUACCUGCCCAUGUCACAACGACCGUCCACCUGUGAGACUGUAAAGCGCACACCAUACGUCACCGUGCGCCAAGACACCGGCGCCAGCACCGAAAGCAAAGACACCCUAACGCCGCUGGGCGCUGACGACGACCACACGCUGGUCGGUGAGAAUUCGGACGAAACCAAUCAGGAGCUCAAUUUCGAAGCCGCCAAGCGUCGGGCCAUGCGCCAACGCACCGUAUCGCUGUGUCGUCGCAACUCCGAAGCGUGCUCCAUCAUAGCUGCUGCCGAUAUUAACCGCUCACACAUAAGUCUGAAUCAGUUGCCGCUGUCACGUCGGCAAAUGAGUCUCACGCAAUCUGAGCCGGAUAGUGACAAGGAGGCGAUUGGAGGGGGAAAAGCCACGUUGCAUGCGAAAUCCUCCAGAAAUAUUCUGCUGAAGUUCCACACCGAGUACACUUCAAUUACGGAUGAAUUGGAGAGUGUAUGCCAUUUGAUUGCCUCGCCGACGGUCUCAUUGCCAAGUAAUAAAGCAUCACUGGAUCGUCCGACGGGUGAAAUGUCCAAGGCUGAGUUUGCCGCCCUGAUGGAGAAGCAGCAUUUGAAGGAAUGUGAGGAGAACGACUACAUGAUGCUCGAGGGACUGUUUCAGGCGCGUGCCUCCAUCGAUGACACCGACACUUCCUUCGGGACCGGUGCAUCAGCUGAGUUUAGUCAUCGCCAUCCACUGCGUCGGGAGACAGCCAUCGAACUUUCGCCGUCCAAGCCGCCUUCAGGUGGUGGCAUGCUCGGCUGCGGUAACAGCAGCGACACCAGCGGAGCCGGCAGCGGAGGAGGCGGCGGCAUAACAACCGGUGUAUUUACGAGCUCAUCCACCGGACCAGCCGGUUUCCAACUGAAAAACGAACGCCCGUGGCAACGCAACUCAUCAAUGGAACAGCAGCAAACAUAUCAAACGCCCGCCGCGGUGCCAACGCGUGCCGCAAGCGAAUUCCUCAAUGCGCCAUUCGAAAGCAGCGGCAGGCUAUUCAAGAAAUCCAGCGAAAGCCUACAAAAGGGCUCCAGCACGGAGACCGACUACUCCGCACAUCCAUAUCGCUUUAUUAAGCAAAGUUCAAACGACACAACCACCUCAAUGACCGGUUCCUACAACAUCGACACGCCAACGCUGGCGGCCGAGCUCUCGCUCGACGCCGUCGACGCCAACACACAAACUACGGCGCCACCACCAACAAGCACCACAACAUUGACGGAGUACAACGUCAGCAGCGGCGCCAGCAACACGGCAGCAGGUAACGGCGGCGACGCGAGCGACACCACAGCGCGUUAUCAGCCGCUGCGCACAGCCUCCAUGGGCGCUGGCGACGGCAAGCGCGAUGGCGCUAGCAAACGCGCCAGCGACACCAAGGAGCUAAGUGCCACAGCCGCAGCUGCGGCGGCGGUAAUAUCGCAGGUGCAGUCCGCGUUGCCGCGUGCCAUGCAGCUGAAGAAGCAGUUUAGCAUGGAUCAAGCGAACAAAAUGCAGCCCCAGCAGCUGCAAUACGGCUCGCAUGUACAACACCAACAGCAACAGCAACAGCAGCAUAAUGUGUUGCCGGCCACUGCGUUGGCGGCCAGCGCCACAGCGACAGCGUCCAGCGUAUUGGCCGACAAGGCCAGCGCGAGCGGUGCGGCUGCUGUGCUGCCAGCGCUUGCAGUGCCAGCCAAAUUGUUGUCCUCACUCAAGCCGCCCGGCGGCAUCAAAACGCUCGGCAUGAACAUACUCAAGGAGAGCAGCUCCAGCACGGAGGAGUCAAAAGAUAGUGGCGCCGGCGGCGGCAACGAACCAGCGCUAACCGGCGCGACCAUGCCGCAGAUUAGCACACACACGGUGCAGGACGAGAUCGCCAAACUCUCGUCCAACAUCAAGUCGAGCACCGAAUCGGAGAAGGAUCCGCCCUACAAUGAGACAAUGUGCUGAUCGGCGAAAGCCGAAAUACAACGCCUACGGCACACACACAUACACAUCUACUACCUGUAAUGCGGCAAGUGCGCGUGCGUCGCGCGCAUUUAUCUAGGAACUAGCUACCUUAAUUAACUGUUUGUAUUUUAUUGUACAUAAAUAUGUAUGUAUGUGAUUCAGCGUUGUUGAUUAGUGGCGUAGAGUGUUUAGGGAGCGUUUAGAAACAAUUAAUAUAUACACAUAUAUAUAUUUAUGUAUAUGUUUGUUGCGUCAGCGGCAUAUAAAAUGAGCGCAAAUCUAUAUGUAUACAAGUAAGCUGAAGUUGAAACUAGGUUUAGUAGCAAAUUAUGUAUGUAACUGAGGCGUGCAGUUGCAGCAGGUUUAUAGACAAUUUCUUUUUAAAUAAUAUAUAUACACACAUACAUACAUACAUAUAUAUAUGAAUGAUGUUUUAAAAUAUUUGUAAAUGUAAGCUAGCUGCGUGUGUGUGAUUGCUCAACUGCAUUAAAGCGAAAAACCAAACAAAAAUCGCAGCAAAUUUAGAAAAGCGAGUUUGUCCUUUUCAGCAGUGCAUACUUUAAGGCGCUUAUUAAGCUUAUUUUAAUACGCUUUGUUAAGAUUUGUUUUGUUUUUAUUAAAUUUUAUAAUUGUUUAUAUUUUUUGGCAGAUAUUAUGAUGUAAUGCUAAAUUAUGCAGCCCAAACAUUUAUUUUGCCAUUUACCGUUAUACAUAUAACUAACUGUAUUUAUUACAAUUUAUAACUCGCCUUUUACUUUUAGCGCACCAAAAGAACGGAAAACCGUUAAAUUUUUCGUAGGCUUAAGUGCUGCCAUUCGCACGCCAAAACUUAGUUUUAAUUAAAAUAGUUAUAUUUUAUAUAUAAAUAUAUAUGUAUGUGUACGCCACUGCAAUUGUAAGCAAUGUAUUAAAAGAAACGCAUGCUCAAACAUGUUUUAAUUUCGCUAUUUUUAUUAUUGUUACUAUUAUUAAAACAGAUCUCUGGCAACCCACACACAUACAUACUUACACACAGCAACAAGAAAUAAGUAUAAAAUAAAAAACUAUAAUACGCCGUAGCAAUAUGUUGUGCGGGUAUAGAAAAAAAAAUAAUAAUAAAUUAUAAAUGCAACAUGUUGCACGCGUGUAAAAAACCCACGUAACAUCAGUUACUUAUGUAAGCAACGCCAGCAACCAAAUAAAAUUUAAUUUUUAAUUGCGCCCGAAAUUUAGCUGUGAAGUGGCACAAAGUUGCCACCUGCACACAAAGAAAAUAGUUAUUGUUUUUGCUUGCCCAUAAGUAUCUGGCAUUAUUGCUGCACAAAAUAAACAUUUUCGGCGCACAUUUUUAUUGUACUUAUACUCGUAAUUUUAUUGCAUUUUUCUUUGAAUUUUCGCGAAAAUUUUUAAUAAACGCCUGUAUUAAGCGCUAUGAAAUUUUA